AUGCCCCCCGUCGUCGGCGUCGGUGCCGCUCGUUCUCGUCUUCAUUUAGCAUCCUCCCCCCAUACGCGCAAGCCCGUUGCGCCAGUGGCCAUGGCGCGCAAGAAGUCCGGCUUCGCGCAGCUGCUGUCCAAGGGCAUGUCAGGCCCGCCAGCAGAGGCGCGCCCCAAGGCCCCCCUGAAGCGCGGAAAGCUCUCCCCCAUGCGCACAGUGCCCCCCCACAUCCCGCGUCCCCCCUACGCUGACAGCGGAAUCUCCCCGCCCUUUACCAUGGAACCACAGGUGCAUGGGGAGGAAGGGCAGCGGCGCAUGAGGGAAGCGGGGCAGCUGGCAGCGCGAGUCAGAGACCACGCCGGUACACUCGUCAAGCCCGGCGUGACAACAGACGAGAUCGACCGAGCGGUGCAUGAGAUGAUCAUCGAGGCGGGAGCAUACCCCUCGCCGCUCUCCAUGCCCACUCCCUGUGCUGCCCUACCCCCAUCUUCUCCCCUUUUUCCCCCGUCCCUCCAGCCCGGAGUCACAACGGACGAGAUCGACUGCGCACCCGGCGUGACAUCAGACGAGAUCGACCGAGCGGUGCAUGAGAUGAUCAUCGAGGCGGGAGCAUACCCCUCGCCGCUCUCCAUGCCCACUCCCUGUGCUGCCCUACCCCCAUCUUCUCCCCUUUUUCCCCCGUCCCUCCAGCCCGGAGUCACAACGGACGAGAUCGACUGCGCACCCGGCGUGACAACAGACGAGAUCGACCGAGCGGUGCAUGAGAUGAUCAUCGAGGCGGGAGCAUACCCCUCGCCGCUCUCCAUGCCCACUCCCUGUGCUGCCCUACCCCCAUCUUCUCCCCUUUUUCCCCCGUCCCUCCAGCCCGGAGUCACAACGGACGAGAUCGACUGCGCACCCGGCGUGACAACAGACGAGAUCGACCGAGCGGUGCAUGAGAUGAUCAUCGAGGCGGGCGCAUACCCCUCGCCGCUCAACUACGCGGGCUUUCCCAAGUCCGUGUGCACGUCUGUCAACGAGUGCAUCUGCCACGGCAUCCCUGACUCGCGGCCGCUGGAGGAUGGGGACAUAAUCAACAUCGACGUCACAGUGUACCUUAAUGGCUACCACGGAGACACGUCCAAGACAUUCUACUGUGGGAACGUCUCUAAUGCUGCCAAGAAGCUCGUGGAGGUGACAGAAGAGGCACUGAAUGCAGCCAUUGCAGUCUGUGGGCCCGAUGCAGAGUUCAAGAAGAUCGGCCAAGCCAUUCAUGCCAUGGCGGACAAGCACAGCUACGGGGUGGUGAGAAAGUUCAUCGGCCAUGGUGUUGGCUCCGUUUUCCAUGCCGGCCCUGCCGUGCUGCACUACCGCAACAACGAGCCAGGGCGCAUGCAAGUGGGGCAGACGUUCACCAUCGAGCCCAUGUUCACGAUGGGGGGGGUGAGGGAUGUGAUGUGGGACGAUGGGUGGACGGCCGUCACUGCAGAUGGCACCUUGACAGCGCAGUUUGAGCACACUCUGCUUAUAACGGAGACAGGGGUGGAGGUGCUCACAAGGUGA